AUCCAUCAAUUAUUCUGCGCUCUGGCAAACAGACGAGAGUGCUCUGAAAUCGGAGUCCAUUGAGAACUCACAACCACUACACCACUUAGCUAAGUAUCUCGUGAAUAAUUAAGAAAAUAAAUGUUGGGUAAUUAGUUAUAUUAUAGUUACGUUACUGCCUGGCAAAAGUUCGAUGUAUUAGUAGCCAACUAACUAACAUACUACUGUAAUUCUAUGCAGUUCGUAAGGAUAGUGAAGCUAACAAAUUGUCAGCCAACAACGUAACUUAUUUGAAAUGUCAACUUUAUUAAUUUGCUCAACAUUUGUCAUAAUUAGUUAAAGCAAUAUUUUACGUAAUUUACUUCAAAUCUGAAAACGUUGUGAAGCCACGCCCAUUUUCUGCAGAAUUUCAUUUAUGGGCCCUAAAAGCACGGAAAUCGUGUCCACUGCUUUUAUACUUGGUAAUUUGGCGAAUUUAGUACGACAUUCUGGAACUUUUGGCAUACUAACUGUAUCCAUACUAUGACCAAUACGCAUACCAUAUACUCAAUUUACGUUGAGUGGAAAAACAUAGUAAGAGAAGUACCAAAACACUGAUAUAAGGGAGGCACAUGCAAGCAGAUGAGGAAAUUUGGCGAGGGUGGAAGAAAUUAGAAAUGUCUUAAAAAAUGGAAGGUAAAUCAGGAGGCCAGAUCUGGUGGGACCAUUCUAGUAGAUUAGGGGGCCGAUAGACAUGUGAAUGACAGGCACAUCUCCGAUAUAAAGUGUAUAUUUCUCAAAGUUACCGGGAUGUCGUUACCAGUACACUCGUAGGAACCUAAGUAUUACAAAACUUAUAUUCGAUCAAAUAAGCCACACCUAGCAAAUAAAUCAUUACAUUUUUUUGUUAACCAAAUUCGACACUGUCAUUGACCUCCAUACAAGAACUUCUCACUUGAUGAGAGAAAAAACGCCACCUGAUGGAGAAGAUCGAUUUUGGGCCCAGCUCUCCCCUUCCUCUCUGACCAAUGCAAGGAAAAACGUUUCUUGCAGAACACAAGCUGAUGGGAAAUAUCAAGAAUGUUGCAAAAACGGCAAAGAAGGAGCAACUAAUUAUUGCAUAUAACGAUUUGUUUGAGAGCAAGAGAUUUUUAGGUUCAGAACCCAUUGAAGAUGUGACGGAGCAUGUGAAAAAUGUGAAGAUCGACGACAAGCCCAAAGAAGUUGUGGAAGUCGUUGAUGAGGGUCCUCCUAAAUUCUUCAAGUCUGUGCUGAAGAAAGGUGACAAGACUAACUUCCCUAAGAAGGGAGACAAUGUGAGCUGUUGGUACACUGGCUCCCUGGUUGAUGGCACAGUGUUCGACACAAACAUCCCUGCAACUGCCAGAAAGAAGAAACAGAGUAAGCCACUGAGCUUCAAAGUUGGCCUGGGCCGGGUCAUCAAAGGGUGGGAUGAAGGUAUCUUAACGAUGAGCAAAGGCGAGACAGCCAAACUGGAGAUUGAACCAGAAUGGGCCUACGGGAAGAAAGGACUUCCUGAUUCAAAAAUCCCACCAAACGCAAAGCUGAUCUUCGAGGUCGAGCUGGUGGCCGUUGAUUAAUGGCAGAAACCUACCCAGCAUGCCCUUCUCUCCGUGGACGGGGAAAACAUGGUAGUCACUAGAUGGCUAUGCUCGAAAGGACAGAAGUGGUUGUAACAUUGAAGGAGUCUGUGAUAUGUCUUAAUUUACAUUUAAUUGGAUGCUUUGGGAUUUUGGCAAUAAGGCCAUUUAUCUACUUCCCCAGAGUCAGAUUAACUUUUGGAGACCCUUUUUUUUGUUUUUGUCAGUGUCCAGUAUGUAGGAAGUUAAAUAUAGCAGUGGCUCAAGAAACUAACUAGUUUUGGCACAAUGACUGGAAUUCUAUGGGCAUCUACUAGAAUGUGUUUAACACUAGUUAGCAUUGGCUCAUGAAACUACAUAUAACUUUCAUUUAUUUUUUUAUUUCACCUUUAUUUAACUAGGUAGGCUAGUUGAGAACAAGUUCUCAUUUGCAACUGCGACCUGGCCAAGAUAAAGCAAAGCGGUUCGACACAACAGCGUUAGACAUGGCAUAAACAAACAUUCAAUCAAUAAUACAGUAGAAAAAUCUAUAUACAGCAUGUGCAAAUGAGGUAGGAUAAGAGGUAAGGCAAUAAAUAGGCCAUGGUGGCAAAGUAAUUACAAUAUAGCAAUUAAACACUGGAAUGGUAGGAUGACUGGACACUGAGUCAUAAAAGUGGUAUCCACCAGUUUAUCUGAUUCAUUGCCAGAAUCCCAAAGUAACCCUUAAGGUUAGUCUGGUUAUUUUGUCUUUUUCUGCUUAAGUCAAGUCCUUUUAUCAUUGUCUGAAGCAGGAACAGACCAGGGUUAUUUGUGGUGAGUUGAGAAGGUGCCAUGCUUCUGUCCUUUCAAGCAUGGCAAGAUGGUGAUGACCGGACAACACUGUACAGAUGGGGCAUCCUGCCUGACAGUUACACACCGCAGAGGAAAGCCUUCCUGUUUAUUCUUGUUCUUUUGCAUGAAUGUCCUUUUUUAAAGAUUAAUAAACCAAUUUUGGAGACUAAAUUGACACGUA